UCGACGGUUAUUGGACAGAUCUCCAUAUGAUCUGACAGUGUCUCCAUACUGCUCCUUCUUUACUGUCGUUGGUUAGUGACAGGCUCAGGGCUAAUGAACACGUCAAACAAUGUUCUCGAAGAGGACCAAUCAAGGAAUCACAUCAGAAAAGAGCCCUUUUGAUCCGGCUGCCAAUGAGUGUGUGAAGACUUCGUGAACCGCACUCAAUAGAUGCUGCAGCAGGUCGGGUUCAGGUUGGUUCGGUAUGCAGCGGGUGAGGUUCAGGUCCUCCCGAGGAGACAGCCGUCUUCAGGUGCCCCUCGUCUCACGGUGCAGCGCAUUGUUCCCCGGCUCAAAAGGAGGAGGAAAUGCUGAGGCUGUUCUAUCCAGCUCUAUGAGUUCAGGUUAAACUCAUCCCUCCAGGCAGUGUCAGUGUAAUAUAGCCAUUAGGCUUUAUUGGGAAGCUCUUGGAUACGUUCUGUAUGCUGUAAUAUUUUUAUUUUCAUUACCAUAAUGCUUUCAUCAACUUCCUAUUAUGACACUCAAUCCAAUUGUCAAUAUUCUACAGUCUUAUACAAACAAUACAAUGUUUUGAACUUUCAAUUUUUUUUACAUUUCUAGUUUUAAGUUGGACGUUUAUGACAUACGAAACGCUCAGAUUCCACACUUCUCCAACAGUGCAUACAAAACGGCACACACAAUCACUUUCCCGAUAAUUUCUUUCAUUCUUUUUUUCUUUCAUGGCUAGUGUGACGUCCUGUGAUCAUCUGCAUAUGCGCUACACCUGACUCCACCCCACAGAUGAGUGCUGGUAUAUACAGCCAGCUGAACCCAGCAGUCCAACAGCCAGCAGUCUUUUAGUAGCCUAAGCCAGCGUGAACACACCUCUCAGGGCCAGCCUGCAGACGCAAACCUUCAGCAACACAACUCAAGUGGAUCCCACCAUGGCCUUGUCGGUGCGUAGCUUCUCCCUCCGCCAGCCCUCCUUCUCCAGCCUCUCGGUGAGGGACAGCGGGCGCAGCGGGUGGGCCAAGCCGCCGCUGCACACCACCAUGUCCUCGCUGGGCAUCACCAGCAGCGGCCUGGCCCGCUCCGUCUCCCUGGGCAACGGCCUCAAUGCGCUGGGUCCCAGCUUCUCCGUGAUGGGUGGCAGCAGCCUGGGUCUGGGCGCCAGCGACAAGGAGACCAUGCAGGGGCUGAACGACCGCCUGGCCAGCUACCUGGACAAGGUGCGCUGCCUGGAGCGCUCCAACACCGAGCUGGAGGCCCGCAUCAAGACGCUGAUGCUGGAGAAGUCGCCAAAAGGACACGACGUGGAGGGGAUGCUGGCCCAGGCGCACACCAUCGGCUUGGAGGUGAGGAAGAGGACCCUGGAGAAUGCCCGCAUCAUGCUGGAGAUCGACAAUGCCAAGCUGGCGGCCGACGAUUUUAGGGUCAAAUGGGAGGCAGAGGCCACCCUCUGCCAGUCGGUGGAGAGGGACUGCCUGGCCCUUCGGAGGGCCAAGUCGGACCACGACCAGAUGAUCGCAACGCUGAGAGGAGACCUGGACAGCCUAAAGGAGGAGAUCUACUUCCUGAAGAAGAACCAUGAUGAGGAGGUGGGUGCCCUGAAGGCCCGUCUGUCCACUGAGCAGGUGAGUGUGGAGGUUGAUGCUGUGCACGGGCCUGACCUAGGGGCCCUGAUGGCAGAGCUGAGGGUCCAGUAUGAGGCAAUCGCCCGCAAGAACAAGGAAGAGGCAGAGAACUGGUACCUCAAGAAGCUGGAGGCGGUGCAGUCUGAGGUGAAGCAGAGCAACGAGGCUCUGCGCUGCGCCCAGGGGGAGCUCAGUGAGAGGCGGCGCUUCCUGCAGGCCCUGGAGGGGGAGCUGGAGAGCCUACGCAAACAGGUGAACGUUCUGGAGGGAAACCUUGGGGAGACGGGCCACAAGUAUGCGACGGAGAUGGAGCGCCUGCAGGCCACCCUGAGCCAGCUGGAGGACGAGCUGUCCCAGCUCCGGCUGGACAUGCAGCGCAACAAGACUGAGUAUGAGCAGCUGCUGCGCAUUAAGCAGACCCUGGAGAUGGAGAUCGCCACCUACAGGCGGCUGCUGGAAGGAGAGGAGAUGAUUAAAGAAACGGCUCCACCUCCUAAAAAAGAGCCUGAAGUAAGGACCAGGAAAAUUGUUAAAGUUGUCACUCAGACGAUGAUUAACGGGAAAGUGGUGGAUGAGUCCAGCGAGGUGGAGCAGAUUGAGGAGCGUAAGAAUUGAGGCUUCUAGAGAGAGCCGGGACUGGAAACACCGCCUAACCCAGACAGCCAAGGUCUGCCAUGAACACAGCCGAAGGCCGCCAGGGAAAACAGCCAAAGUCCAGUGAUCCAAGAGACCAUAUCGUACCAUAUUAUUGAGACCCGGAUAAACCUCCUUUGAUUCCUGUAAAUGUGUGUGGAAGAAACACAACCAUACGCUUGUAGCCUUUGUGUUUAGUAAAAGUACAAAAUUUUAAAGGUGUUGGAAAAGAUUGAAGAAUUUUGUGUACGACUUCUAAAUUGUUAACAACUAAGAUUAGAUUAUUAUUAGAAACUACAUUAUUAAAAAAGAUUAAACCAUUAAAUACAUUUUUUAAUGUGUACAUUAACAAAUGUAUUUUUGUUUUUCUUCAAAACGAAAUACCCAUCCUCUGUUAGUAUAAUAUACCAUUCUUCAGAAUAAACUUUUUGAAAACAAUA